UGCAAUCAUGGCAACUUUGAUUGACAACUACGAGCAACAAUACGCGGUUUUAACUGCAGAUAUCACCGCAAAAAUCAGCAGGAUAUCAGUAUUAACUGGCAGCGAAAAACGCGCCUUCUGUCAGGAUGUCGAUCGACAGCUGGAGGAAGCCUUGGAGCUGCUGGAGCAAAUGGAGUUGGAGGUUCGUGGAAUAUCUGGAGGCCAGAGGGAACGACUGAAAGGCAGAGUUGAAAGCCAUCGAGCUGAGUUGAAGAGACUUUCCCAGGAAUUUCAAUCAGCGAAGAAACCGAGAGACGAUGCCAUCGACAUGGGACUUGAGGAUAACUGGAGCAGUGGAGUUACUGAGGACCAGAGGAAAAGGCUGUUGGAUACUUCAGAGAGAAUUGAUAGAACUGGAAGAACUCUCCAGAAUGGAUACAGAAUGGUUCUGGAAACCGAGGAGAUUGGGACUCAAGUGCUGAAAGAUCUUCAUGACCAGAGGGAGACAAUUCAAAGGAGUCGGGGAAGGUUGAGGGAAACAGACGCGGAAUUGGGCAGAGGCUCUCGCCUUCUAUCCGGCAUGAUCUUUCGAUCGAUUCAACAAAGACUAAUUCUAGCAGUUGUCGUUGUUAUUCUCAUAAUUGUCGGCUGUAUCGUGAUAUAUUACAGCUUCACAUCCCGAAGUUAAAGUACAAUUGAGCGAUGGG